AUGGAGAUUGUCGGUCCGAUCGAGCAUCACCUGUUCGGUGGCUGUUGUCUGGAAGCCCAUCGAUGCGACGCGGUGGCGCUACAGCUCGAAGGUCUCCGUGGCUAUCUUCUCGACGCAAGCGCUGGGCACCUCAGUAUCAUCAUCGACGACAUUCGACUCACAGCAUGCAGUCUGCGGGAGCUGGCGGACCUGUCUCAGGUUCAUCAGGACAGGAUCCCCGUCGUCUUGAAUCAUCUCAACAUCUUACUUCCGUGUCUGUCGCGGACGCUGAGGGAUAUAACCAGUUACUACGAGGAUACCACCAUAUCCAAGAUCAACCGAUGGAGGAACAUGUACCAUUGCAUGAAGGACGAGGGAGACGGCAUGACCCUCGGCGGGCGACUCAUGCUUUACAACUACUUCCUGGGGUCUCUCCGUGACGUGCUGCUAAGGUCUCCCAACUUUGACCUCAAUGGCCUCGAGACGGCGCGCGUCAAAGUCAUGCAACUUCGAGAGAAUAGAAACAUCCCUCCACCGCCCGCCCAGGUCGGCCCACGCAUGCGCUCUACAAUCUUCGCCUUUGAGAACGACCCACAGAUAUUCUCCAUGCCACUACCAUCGCGUACUGCAUUGAAGAAUCAGAUUCAGUGGGUGAACAAACACUUUACCGCUGUCUACCAGCUGACACGAGACAAGAUCCAUUGCAACAGCCCCUUUAACGACGACAAAAUCUGUCUCAUCGCCUACGAGAACGGCCAUGACUUGUGCCCAGACGGCUGUGUCCUGCGGUUCAAGCGUUGGAGCUCAAUGUCGGCGUGCUCUAAGCUCUGGGCUGCCCUCAGCUUCCAGACGUGGGAAGAGCUCGUCUUGAUGUACUCUUCCUUCCUCGCCCUGAAGGCGCGGAACAGAAAAGUUGUCAAAGUGGCGCCUGAUGAAUAUUUGCCAAAGGGGGAACGAAAGCUCUUCCAAGCGAGAAUUUCCGACGAUGGCUUCUGGCACUCCCUCGCCGUCUACAAAGACAUUACAACCGGGGGUAUCCGGCUCCUUGCAUCGGCUUGCGAGGGGCCACUCAAGCAAUGUCCAAUAUGGACGGCUUUCGUCACCCAACAGUCCGCCUCCACGACGUGGAUCAAGCGCGUAUCAAACUCAAAACACAGGAUCCGUCUCAUGGAUGUUCAGCUGUACGUGUUCUGCCAAGAUUACCGACAGAACAGGCAGCGGAAAGGAAAAUCGGGAGCCUUCGAGAUCAGCUUUCACCAAGCGGAAGGGUGCGACCGCUUCAUUGACCUCUUCCCAGUCCUACCGAAACGAGCAAAGACGCCACAGCUCGCAGGACCAUAG